AUAGAUAAUGGUCUCAAUCGGUCGAGGUGUCACUAUUCCUCAGUCUAUAAUGAAGAAUAUAAGAACAAAUGACAUUGGAAAAAUGACUUGCGAUCUCAUGUCUUGUGUUUUUACAAAUAAGGAAAUGGCAUUUUCUUCUAGAACUGGGAAAAAAAGUAAUAAAAUUAAAGCUGCAGAAAAUGUAACAGCUGCUAAUAAAAAGCCAUUGGACAGCAAUAAGUUGCUCACGAUAAAAGAUUACAUACUCAGGCAAUUUAGAGAUACGCCAAAUGGAGAAAAAUUAUUUAACAAUACUGUCUCGAACAAGUGCAAGAAUGUUGCUCGGAGCUAUAAAUAAGUUAAAUGCUUCCGCCAUUACAAGCAUUAAUAAUAUUUUUAAAAUUUACCAUAUUAUUUCAGUUUAAAUAUUUUAAAUAAAUUUUUUAUAUAACAUUACUUGUGAUAUGUAUAACCAAAGAAAUCUCAGUAUUUUUCUGCAAUAAGUAUUUUAAUAUCUAAAUAUAAUAG